AUGUCGAAUGUAAAAUUAGCAAUAAGAGUUCGACCUUUCACAGAAAAAGAACUUAAGUCAGAUAACUAUUGUGAACCAGUUGUGACUGUUCUUGACGAAAAUACCAUUACAAUAACCAAUAUAAAGGUAAAUACAUCAGGCGCUGGUGACAGUCGUAAACGUGUGCGACGCUACUAUGUCGACUACGCAUUUAACAGUGCAUGUGCAACCACAGAUUCAGACUACGCAUCGCAAGAAAAGAUAUUCGAUACAGUCGGACGUCAAGUUUUAUCUACAAUAUCCCGAGGUCAGUCAGCUUGCGUUCUGACUUAUGGCCAGAGUGCGACAGGGAAAACUCAUACAAUGGUGGGGUCAGCAGUGCAACCCGGUUUGAUACCUCGAAUUUGCAAGGCUUUGGCCGAGGAAUUACCUCUCAAUAUUACCGUCAGCUUCUUAGAGAUAUAUAACGAGCGGGUACAUGAUCUCCUAGCUGGUGAAGCACCAUUAUCUCUGAACUCCCUUCCAAGACGAAAAGGAAACGCACGCAAAGACCUACGUGUCAGGGAGCAUCCUAUUAAGGGACCUUAUGUACAAAAUCUUCGUCGCGUAACAGUCCACGACGUAGAGACACUACUCGCUGUGGUUAAUGAAGGAACACGUCGGCGUCGAACAGCUGCUACUAAGCGUAAUAUCUGCUCUUCGAGGUCCCACGCUUUAUUAGAGCUGGUCACUCCAAAGGCUACAUUGCAUCUCGCUGAUCUUGCUGGCAGCGAAAAAGCUGUGUGGGAAGGCUGUGCGAGAGGACGUCAGAAGGAAGGAGCCAAUAUCAACAAAUCGUUAGUAGCGCUCAGCAAUGUUAUCUCGGCGCUCGUAAGUGGUGGAUCUGGACGGGGCAGGUUCGUGCCCUAUCGUGAUUCUGCGUUAACCUGGUUGCUGAAGGACUGUUUUACUGGUGGUGGCAGCACUUUCAUAAUUGCGACGGUGUCCCCUAGCGUUUCGUGUUACGGUGAAUCCGCGUCCACACUCCGCUGGGCGGCUCGAGCACGCCACUUGCCCGACUCGCAAGGAUCUACAGUAGCUAACGUCACAUCCAAAGCGGCCUUGCAAUCUCAGUUCAACCACCUGCUAGCUGAGCUAAAUCGUCAUUUUAUUCAAUAUAAACUAGAAACAAGACAAUUGCUGUACGACGAAAAGCACUGGAAAUUAAAUGAUAAUCAAAGUAACGAUACAUCAAAGACAGAAGCAAAGAUAGGUAAUAUAAUGAAUUUACGAUAUGUGAAAGGUGAAGGUAGAAAUUCAGAAUCAACGCCAUCAUCAAUUGCUAGUGGAAGUUCAGAUGUUAUAAGCAAUAUGGAUAAAAAUGCUGAGAUAAGUAAUGAAGUCAAUAAAGAAAUAGACAAAUUAUUUGGACCAGCACUCGAGAGAACUAGAAGCGGCAGUGACAUUGAGGUUGUGCCACCGCUUAGGCAUAAAAAGCGACAUUUCCGUUCACAAGAAGUACUUUUCAGUGAUAAAGCACUACAAAGUAAUCAAACUCAUCGUUUAUCAGAUGCUAAUCUUAGUGAAGCACAAGGAAAUGACUUACGUAAUUUAGACAACUCAAAGAUACCGCAAGUUUCAAUACUCUAUGAUAAUCAGCGAGCAGAGAUAAUAGCUUCUGUUACAGAAAGAUUAUAUACUAAGCUUAAAAAGAAUGAAGCUGCCAUUUCUAAACAAGAAACUAAAGUUGAUAAAAAACCAGUGAGUGAGACCAAAGUUCUGCAACCCUUAAAUGAAUUAAAAAUUUGUUCAAAUGCAAGGCAACGUUUGAUGGAGCUAAGUAAAAAAGCUUUAAAAAAUAAAAGAAAAAUAGGUAUACCAGCACAUACGCAAACUAGAAAGACCGUGAUCCGUGUUAAAGAUCAAGGCAUCGACGUUCAGACAGAUCUUCAGUCUUAUAUAUGUCAUCGAGACCGAAAUUGUAUAUUUCAUCGUGACGUUAGUACUGAAACUACGCCGAUGACACCACGUUUGAAGGAAAUAGCAGUUGGCCCUAAGUAUAGUAAUCUAUCCUACAAAGAUAGUUCUACUUUAACAGAUACUAAAGAAGUUAUUUACAGGAAUUCAUGUACGAUGACUGAAUUAGUAUUAAGAAGAAACCAUAGUUCCCAAACAAAUGUUCAACCUCCUCCUAGAAGGAAAAAACGUCAGUCUGCUUAUAUGAAAUAUAUCAAAAAAAUUGAACGCAUUAAAUCAAGCACGAAUGAUAGUAGUGUGUCUCCAGUAAUAAACAUCAAUAUAUCUCCUAUGUAUGCAGAUUCUGAUUCUCAAAGUUCAGACGAAACAAGUGAUAACUCAUUAGACUUUGGAAGAGAAAAAGGGAAACAAAGUGUUACUACAACGCCAGAUCUUUUGACAAACCACAGCAAUUUAUUAAAAAAAACAGAAGUAAUGACGAUAAGUGAUACUAAUUCCCCUGAAAACUGUGAUUUGAAUAAUGUCAACAGUACUACUCCAUUAGAAUUGAAAGAAAAAAUCUUGGAAGACUUUUCUGAUAAAGAUAAUGUACCAUUGCCUCGUGUAACAGUAGAUUACGACAGAAAACUGGGUCAGAAAGAAUACGAGGAUCUUAUAUUAGGACGAAAUGAAAAUAUAUAUCCUUACAGCAUUAAAGUAGCUCCAGUUCGGAAGAAGGAUAAAACAAAAACAGUAAUAAGGUUUAAAGACAUAGAUAUAACGCCUGCAGAAUGUUGUAGUAAUGAAUGGCAGAGAAAGGAUAAUGUAACGAGUAAUUCGAGUCAAAACGAAAGUGAAAAGGAAACAGAAGGUGAUAACUCCGUAACUUCAGUUUUAAGUGAAAUGGACUCAGAUUCAUUUUUGUGGAAUAAAAUUGAUUCGGCUAAUGGCGAUAAUGCGAGUCACUGUCCUAAAGAAAAUCAAUAUGAAAAUAUAGCUAAACUUGAAACGUCUGGCUGUAGGAGUUGGAAUGCUUCCGAUUUAAGAAUUCAAAAAGAAUCAUUGUGCCCGGAUUCGCAAUGUGACGACGAAUAUUACUCUACUAAAAGAGAAAACAAAAGGAUUAUGAAUGUUAAGCAAAGGCAUAUCUUAAAAAUAAAAAACAAAAGCGAACAUAGCACGUUUGACAAUAUUGAAAGAAAAAUAAAAAGCGCUUGUAAUAGUUUAGAAGCUUCGGUGCAUAAAUAUGAUAACUAUUUACUAGAGUUCCGAGAUAAAACAAAAAACUACUGUAAAACAGAAGCGCACGCUAGAACUCCAAAGGAAUAUCUUCAGCAUUUAAUAAAGUUAAGGAAAGAAGCAGUGCAAUCAAAUUGUCAUAAUUAAUAAGUAGUU